CGUAGAAAUGCGUGACGAACUUGCAUAGGAACAGUGGACUGGGAUGGAGUAUAAAAAGGCCCCCCUGACGAAGCUACAGUACUUCAUUUUCUACAAGCAACCGUCGAGGCGAAAAGUGCUUCUAGAGUCUCCUAUUUUUGAAUCGCAACUUGUUCUUCGUGACUGCACAUCGCUGCUCAUCGACAGGAAUGGACGGAGACUGUUUCAUAAAUUCUUGCUUUUCUUCGAUGAGCAACUCGACUCCUGAACUCACAAACAUUUCUAGAACAAACGCAGCUUCAAAAAAAUACGCAGAUCCUAAACUGAAUGCGGUAUGUAAAGUUAUGAUAGAGCGCCUUCGCCUUCCCAUCGAUUUCGAAAAAUCAUAUACAUAUCGUUCAACGAAAAAACCGCGCGUUUUUACCAACUUUUCGGAUUCUGAAGAAGAAAUGGAGUCAAAAAUGGUAAACUUGAAAAAAACCAAGGAAAAAGUGCCAAUUAAAGGUACUAAACGACUCCUUCGGUUGUCUGAUUCUGAAGAUGAAGCAAUAACCCAUAAAGACAAAAAGAGGAUCGCUCUAAACGAUUUAGGUUUACAUCCAUCGAAAAUGUCUUCAGAAUUUGUAACGGAGAAGUCGCUAAACACUCCAGAAGGAUUACGUGUCAUACGGCGAACAACUUCAUCGAAAGGCGAAGAAAAUAUAACAUCCUUGACGCAAUAUCUACAAACAAAAAUUGAAGAAAUAACUCUUAGUUCCGACGAGGAAGAUUCAGAACCUAAUAUACCACCAGUUCUGGUGCCAUUCCAACCUGAUUCCCCAUUAGAUACUGAAUCAAAUGCAAGCUCUACAGAUGACGAUAUGCCAUCGAUAUCAACACAAUCCAACAUCACACCACCUGCUAUUACAAGCCAAGAAGAAGAAAAAGAAAUAUCCGAAGCAAUUGAAACAAAGGAAGAAAAAUUAGAAAAUCUUCUUGCUUCUGGUCGGUUCAAAUCAAAAGAAAAAUCAACUAAACCAACAAGACCUCGGCCUUUUGUUAGCAGACGAGGGAAAACAUUUCGCCAAAGCGAAUCUACCAACUUCAAAAAGAAAAAGCCGUCAACGCUGAGACGUAAAAUUGAAGAAGAUCAGGAUCUAACAAGUUAUAACAAUUCUGUUAGACUGGCACACAAAAAAAAUGGAUCUUCCACCACAUCCGGUGUUAACUUUCAGCCUGUUUCUACAAUGGGGAACAAAUUUCAUGAACAAAUUCCAACUUACAAACCAUUGAUUCCACAACCACGUCCAGUAAAGGCAAAAUCAACCGCCACAUCUCGUAAUGACAAGUUGGCUGCUGAUUUGAUGAAAAGCAAAAACCAAUCCAUCAAAGAAAAGAAAGAAACCCCCAACGCAGCAUGGUCCUCAAAUUAUGUUAUUCCUCGCAAAGCGACGAAAACCAUAGAUUCUGGGUCGAAGACUGAUUCGUCUAAAGGAAAACAUCCGUCUGAAGACGCCGAACUACUCACAAAUUCUGCAAGUGCAUCAAACGACAUUACUCCUUCCUUCAAGCCAGUGGUUAAUCGAGUAGCUAGAGGUACCGAGAAAGGAACUGAGAAACAACCUACACGACAACCUACAGCCAGUGCUACAGCCAACCGCGCCUUAAACUCUUCGAUCUUAAAUCUUGGUCGCUCACGUGAUGGUUCUUACGGGAAGAAAAGGGUAAGAUUUAGUGAAAGAGACAAAACUGUUUACAUAGAAAGAAGACCUUACUCAAAAAUAUUUCCAAACAGUCCCUCUGCUUAUAGAUAUGAGAAAGUAGGAGAGCACCAAUUUAAACUUAAGAGCAUAGAUAGAUCCUCUUAGUUUACAAAUAUGCAACGCAAUAAUUAAACUGCAGAAAACUCAAUUGGGAUAACUGGCCAAAAGUAGGAGGGGCAACCCAAAAAAUUCCAUUACCGAGAAACCAUUACUUUUUUUAAAAUCCAUUUUCCCAUUAUACCUAAAUAAU